AUGCGGAAGGCUUGCACGGCGCUCAUUUUUGAGCACACCUUCUGUGCAUCUAACAUUGAAAACAAUGGAUUUGAGGAUGAAUCAGAUGCUCUCCUACAGAAUGACAGCCAGCCUCCAAUGCUGGUGGUGGACCAUCACGCUGCGUACAUGUCCAGCUCCAACCAGCCAGCCUCCAGUCAGGACCCCUCCACUCACAGCCCCACCACUGACAACAUGCCAGGGGCAGUGUUUGAAUCCCUGGGGCUGGCAUCAAGACAAGGCGCCAUCCCUGCUCCCAGCCCCAGGAUUGAGAUCACUCGGGUGUCGGGUGACUCUCUCAGCUCUCAGAACCUUGAUCCGAGCCCUGGCACCAAAGCUCUGGGGCCGUACAGGGAGUGUGUGAGUCCUGCCAGCAGUAACUCCUCCACAGGCUGGCCUGCAGACGCGUACUCUCCUGUGGCUUCACCGUGCGUCUCACCUUCAAACGGAGGCAGCUGCGGUGUGGGGUUGUCCGGCUUAGACCUCUGCCCGGGCAUCCAGGGCAUCCACACUUCUUCUGCCCACUCCUCUCCAGGAGCCUCGCCUCACAACAGCGUCACAGAUGAGACCUAUCUCCUGCCCCAGCACCAACGCCCCGCCUCAUCGCUCCCCCACCAGCGCUCCCGCUCUGCCUCACCGCACGGAAAGCGCUCCUAUGACAAGACCCAGUCCUGUCAGGGGGGCACUCCUGUCAAGCAGCGUUCCCGGAGCCCCAGUCCCAUCCCUUCACCUCAUGAGCAGCAGGGGUCCUACUACCUUCACCAAUACCAGGCUCCAGCUGAGUUCCAGCCCCAAGCUCAGACCACCUCCUCAGGCCUGGAGGAGAUGCUGAGCAGCCUCAGCUCCAGUCUUCCCAGAGCAAUGCCUCCUGCGGGGGUGCAGACUCAGAGGCAGGACUGUGUGUAUGGAGAGGGGUACGACUGGUCCAUUGAGCAGGAGAGAAUGGGCAGGGCAGGAGCUGAAGUCAAGUCUGAAACCUUCUAUAUGCUCCCAGCUGUGUGGCCUCCUCCUCAUCCAGUCCACCACGGGGCAUUCAGUGGUCUCUCAGUGGCUCCACUUCCGUCUUUAGAGUGGCCGUUGCCCAGUCAGUCCGGUCAGUAUGAGCUUCUUAUCCAGCAAGAGCCCAGAUCUCACCACAGAGCUCAUUAUGAGACCGAGGGCAGCCGAGGAGCUGUGAAGACACCUAACGGAGGACAUCCAGAAAUUCAGCUCUGUGGGUACCAAGGCACAGCUCCAUUGGGGUUGCAGGUCUUCAUAGGAACAGCUGACGAGAGGAUCCUGAAGCCCCACGCCUUCUACCAGGUCCACCGCAUCACCGGGAAGACCGUCACCACGCCCAGCAUGGAGAGGAUGAUAAACGGGACCAAAGUGUUGGAGAUCCCUCUCGAGCCAAAGAACCAUAUGAGAGUAGUGAUUGACUGUGUAGGAAUCUUGAAGUUGAGGAAUGCCGACAUCGAGCUGAGGAACGGUGAGACGGACAUUGGACGGAAGAACACGCGUGUGCGUUUGGUGUUUCGUGUCCACAUCCCUCAGCCUGGAGGCCAGAUCGUGUCUCUUCAAGCUGCCUCUCAUCCUAUUGAAUGCUCCCAGCGCUCAGCUCAGGAGUUCCCUGCAGUUGAGAGGCAGGAUCUGGACCGAUGGUCGGUACUUGGCGGCAAACAAAUGGUCCUUACUGGACAGAAUUUCACAUCCGACUCCAAAGUUAUAUUUUCAGAGAAGGCACAAGAUGGGAAGCAACUCUGGGAGGUGGAGGCCACUGUGGACAGAGACAAAACACAAGCUAACAUGCUUUUUGUCGAGGUCCCUCCGUAUCGAAAGCAGAACAUUUCCCACCCGGCCAAAGUCAACUUCUAUGUCAUCAACGGGAAGAAGAAACGCAGUCAGCCUCAGCACUUCAUCUACACUCCUAUGAUAGCCAUCAAAGCAGAACCACUGGACGACUACCAGUUGAAUUCGCACAUCUACUCAGACAAUCAGUCUCUGUCGGGCCUCUCAAUGAAGUCACUCUACCAUCCCCUGGAGCAGGAGAGCAACCUUCAAGCCUUGAAUGUUUCUCCAACAAUGUACCAUCUAACCACUGUAGACCCCAGAGCCCACGUGUUAAUCCCUGAUCCACUGGACGACCAACCAGUCUAUUACCAGUCCAGAGCCGGCACUAUGAUCAACAACCCCAUGCUGUACCACGCUGCAAACCCGUGUUACACCAACCUCCUCGGUGGAUCCCACGCUGCCUCCACCCCCAGCCAGUGCGUCAGUGCCAGAACCCCUGUGGGCAAACUGGGCGAAAGUCCUCAGGUUGGUGAUUCAUACGAGGCCUGUUUGGUGUCAAGACAUCAGGGUUUUGUGCAGACAGCGCUGCCACUGGGAAAGUCACCACCUUCAAGAUACAUCCAGGGUCAAGCUCAAGGGAAGGUCGUAGGCCGAGUGGAGCCAAUGACCCAGAUUGGCUCUGGAAGAGGAAACCAUGAGGAACGAGCUCCAGAGAGGGUCAUGGUCAAACAAGAGAACCUCCGCUAUGCUUACUUGGAGGACGUGAAUGACAUCAUCAAAAGAGACAUGAAAGGCCACAGUGGAGAGUGACCCUGGAGGAGGCCUGCGGCAGCUCUGAUGUCCAUUAGAUUAAGCAUGAUAUGUUAAAUAUCUCGGAGAGAGCUUAUACUUGUAGACUUAAAAAAAAUGGAUUGGUGGCAAAAAAUAGACAGUGAUCCACUUCAGGCUCACCUUAACUUUAAGCUUUAACUUUAACCCUAGCCAAGAUAGUAGAAUGGGUGUCAUACCUAUACUGUGUCUCUAUUGUGUCUUUAUUUUAACCUGUUUGACUUGUCUUUGUUCAUAUAUUUGUACAAUUGCUCCUUGUAAGCAUGUAUAAAAUAUUUUAUAUUAAAUAAAUUCUGUUUAUAUGAA